AUAGAAUCCACCGAGUUUGCCACCAUCAGAUUAUUACCACAGAAGCUUAGCUAACGUUUGACUAUUUUAAUAUUUUUGAUAGUUAAUUGAUUUGAAGCAAACACAAUGAACUUUUCACCCUCCAAAAUCUUGGUCAACAAACGAGCUGCAGAACAACAAUGCUUACAUCUCCUCCAAGCCAGCAACACACUCAUUAACCUCACCCAAAUCCACGCACAAAUCCUCAAAUUAGGUCUGCAAAACAACCCACUAGUCCUCACCAAAUUCACACAAACAUCAUCCGAUCUCAAUGUCAUCAACUACGCUUCCUUAUUCUUAUUCAACCCAGAUGCCAAAACCCAUUUAUAUGACACGUUCCUUUACAACACUGUUAUUAGAGCUUACACACAAACAAAUACAUACAGGGUCACUGCCGUUGAUGUUUACAAAACCAUGGUUAGAAAUGAUGUUGUUCCUAAUAAGUUCACAUACCCAUUUGUUCUUAAGGCCUGUGCUGGUGUUGGGAGGUUGAAGUUAGGGGAAUCGGUUCAUGGGUCUGUUGUGAAGUAUGGGUUUGAUGGGGAUGUACACGUGUUGAAUACUAUGGUUCAUAUGUAUUGUUGUUGUGGUGGGGUGGAGAGCGCACGUGUGGUGUUCGAUGAAAUGCCUAAGUGGGAUUCGGUUUCGUGGAGUGCGAUGAUUGGUGGGUAUGCGAGAAUGGGGAUGGGUACGAGUGCGGUUGAGUUGUUUAGGGAGAUGCAGGUUGCUGGGGUUAGACCAGAUGAGGUGACUAUGGUUUCGGUUUUGUCUGCUUGUAGUGAUUUAGGUGCGUUAGAGGUUGGGAGAUGGGUUGAAAGUUAUAUCGAAAGGGAGAAGAUUACGAAAAGUGUGGAGCUUUGUAAUGCUCUUAUUGAUAUGUUUGCGAAAUGCGGGGAUGUGGAUAAAGCGUUGAGAUUGUUUGGAAGCUUGAAUGAGAAAACUAUUGUUUCGUGGACGUCUGUUAUUGUUGGUAUGGCGAUGCAUGGGCAUGGUUUGGAAGCCGCUUUGUUGUUUGAGAAGAUGAUAGAUUCCGGGGUUGCACCAGAUGAUGUUACGUUUAUCGGGUUGCUUUCCGCUUGUAGUCAUGCAGGGUUAGUCGAUGAAGGUCUUAAGUACUUCGACUCCAUGACUAUGCAAUUUAAUAUAACACCUAAAAUCGAGCAUUACGGAUGCAUGGUUGAUCUGUUUAGCAGGGCUGGACUAGUUAAACAAGCACUAGAGUUUGUUAACAAAAUGCCCAUUGAACCAAACCCGAUCAUCUGGAGGACGUUAACCGCUGCUUGUCGGCUCCAUGGAGAACUUAAUCUUGGUGAAAUCCUCACAAAACAAUUGAUUGAAAAGGAACCGUUGCACGAGUCUAAUUAUGUCUUACUGUCCAAUAUUUACGGGAAAAUGUCGAAUUGGGAAAAGAAGAACACGGUUAGAAACGUGAUGGGCGAAAAGGGGAUAAGAAAGAUUCCGGGGAGUACCAUGAUUGAACUAGACAACAGGAUAUAUGAGUUUGUUGCGGGUGAUAGAACACAUGAGUUAUACAAAGAGAUUCAUGAGAUGAUUGAUGAGAUGAAUAGAAAGAUGAAGAUGGCGGGAUAUGUUCCGACGACGUCAGAAGUGUUGCUUGAUAUCGGUCAAGAAGAUAAAGAAGAUGCUUUGAAUAAACAUAGUGAAAAAUUGGCUAUUGCUUUUGCCCUUUUAAAGACGCCACCCGGGACUCCCAUACGAAUUGUGAAGAACUUACGGGUUUGUGGGGAUUGUCAUUCUGCAACAAAGUUUGUGUCGAAGAUUUAUGAGCGUGAGAUUAUAGUACGGGAUAGAAACCGCUUUCAUCAUUUUAGAGAUGGGGUAUGUUCAUGUAAUGACUUCUGGUGAGAGUUUGAUGAAAUUCAGCAACCAUAUUGUGUGCAUUUAAUUUUUCGGCUUAGAAGAGAAGCAAACACACAUUAAAAGUGUAUACACACUUGCUUUAAAUCGAAAACAUGUUAUUACCCAAUGAAUUUCAAGUGUUACAGUAGGUUUCUUUUA